UUGUUAAUGAGACGUAGAUAGCAUAGUGUGCAGCAUUAGUCUGCCAUUGGAGUGAUGACUCGCCUGGUCAAGUCUUCAGUUCUAUGGAGCGCGAGCGGAAUGGGUUGAUAAUAGACUGGCAAAAUUAUGUCUGAAGGAUGCGCCUAGUUUUUCGAAAAAACGACAUCAAAACAUGGAUUAGCAGGGCAAACAAACGUUAACAUCAAAACUCUACGGCGUGAUGGCAUUGAUUGUGUAGGAGCUUCGCCUUGAACGUCAAAAGCCCCUAUCAUCGGUUUCUCCAGUCGUUUGGAUCCAAUAAACCUGCCAGCGAAGGACACAAAAAAGAGAAAACAUUGGGCUACUUAGAAAACAUUUAUUAAUCGUUAUUAAUGUAGCAAAUGGAAAUGGUGUGGACUGAUAGGGGCUGUUAGAUUUUAAGGGACUAGUUGCAGAAGUGCAACUGUUCGAUUGCGCCGGCUGGAACUGGGGCAGUGAUUGUUCCCAGCAGGCAAUACGCAUGGACUUGUCAAUAGACGAGACGACAACGGAACGCAUACUUUUGUUGUGGUGGAAGAUUGUUCCAUAUUGUAGUUUAAAGUAACUAUUUUAUUUCAACAAUGAAAAUGAACAUAAUUUAUGAUCUUUGAGACUAGUGUUAAAACUGGAUCCCAGUGCGUGUUCCUCAGGGAUCCUACCGACCACGGAUUUGAAUAACAGAGACAACACACCGCCCUAAUAGAAGGGACAAGAUGCCAUUCCACCAUGUGACAGCAGGCCUGCUGUACAAGGGGAACUACCUGAGUCGCUCUCUGUCUGAUGACAAUGACAGUGACCAGCUGGCCAGCAUCUCUGUGGAAGAGCUAGAUGAGAUCCGGGAGGCAUUCAGGGUGCUGGACCGGGAUGGGAACGGGUUCAUCUCUAAGCAGGAGCUGGGCAUGGCCAUGAGGUCCCUGGGAUACAUGCCCAGUGAGGUAGAGCUGGCCAUCAUCAUGCAGAGACUAGACAUGGAUGGAGACGGGCAGGUGGAUUUUGAUGAGUUCAUGACCAUCCUGGGUCCCAAGCUCCUGUCAUCAGAAACCAGGGAGGGCUUCCUGGGGAGCACGAUAGAUAGCAUAUUCUGGCAGUUUGACAUGCAGCGCAUCACCCUUGAGGAGUUGAAACACAUCCUGUUCCACGCCUUCAGAGACCACCUGACCAUGAAGGACAUUGAGAACAUCAUCAUCAACGAGGAAGAGAGCCUCAAUGAGAACUCGGGACACUGUCAGGCAGACUUCGAAGGAGUCCAUUCUAAAAAUAAGAACCGGCAGACUUGCUUGAGGAAGAGUCUGAUCUGCGCCUUUGCCAUGGCCUUCAUCAUCAGCGUCAUGCUCAUCGCGGCUAAUCAGAUGCUGCGGAACGGUCUGGAGUAGGCACACAUGGCCAUGUCCACUGUGAGCGGGAAGAACCAACCUGCAUGUGCAUGCAGUGGGUGAUGUCAUUUCCUGUUUCUUUCGGAAAAAAAAAACUACUUAAAAAUGCCUCACUUGGUAAAGCGAGACUGAGGAAACACCAGUGAUCAGAAAAGACUGACUGAUAAACCACCAGUUUUAUGUGAUUUUUCUGGGUGGAAGACAAUCGGACGAGGCUGAGAUGCCAGCAUGAGGAGACCCCUCAUAACCCCUUUACUGUGGCAGGGACAUUCAAGGGCUGAUUUUUGCUUAAGCUGCUGUCUCUGUUCCCUAAUGCAAUAACAACACAACUACAGGAGUUCAGAACUCUUCUCUUCGGUUCCUCACCCAGCAUCUUCAAAUGAAGGUACUUUAGAAUUUGAACUUCUUUCCUUAGAAGGCAGAAUCCUGGUGGGGUGAGACAAAUCAUCAGUGUUUCUGUCAAAAGCAAAAUGUCUAUCAGAUGCUUAUGUGUUUUGCCAUAUGUUGUUCUUGAUGGAUGACUAGCCCAAUUUUUCUGAAUUUGACAAUUUGAUGCUUUGAAAGACAACAGAAUGUUUUGCUGCAUUGAGAAGAACAUUUUCACUGUUAUGGGUUCCUGGCUGUGUUCUACCUAAGCACUAAUUGGUAAAGAUGCCACAAAAAUGCUGUGUUGCCUUCAAGCGUAUUAGCUGGAAAGAAAAUGCUUGGUGCCAGUAUAAUAAUUUUUUUAACUAACUAGCAAAGUGGUUAACUUUGUAGUUAGCUAGUUAAUUGGCUUGACUGUUGGCUAAUUCGUUUUGGGGUUGGUACUUAAUUGAAAUAUCAAGCAGAUAACUAAAUCUAUCUAUCUAUUUAGCUAAAUUAUGAAACUGCUUAGCAUUUUCUUAACUACCCCAUGAUAGACUACAAACUGUUGUUUCCACUGGGAAUGAAGCAGAUUGGUCAGAACCCAUCAAUUGGCGCAUUUCUAAACCAAGCGUGGCAUGGCGGAUUGCUCAGUUGACAAUUAAUGAGUUCCGCCCGAGGGUUAUCGCAUGUGGUGGACAUGAGGAGUAAGGCAGCAUUCUUGUGGAUUGAGACAAAUGUUCUAUUGCAUCUCUUGGGAGAGAGUUUGGAGCUGGGCCUCAUGCUGUGCUGAGUCAGAUGAUCUUGGGGGAGCAAUACAGAGAUCUGCCCAGGCACACACAUUUUUCUAUCCUUGUGAGAACCUAAAGCCCAGAAUGUUCCCAAUCCCCUGGCCCUAUCCCCAGUCCUUAUCAUGUAAUCUUAAUGCCUGAACUUAAUAUCUUAGCCCUAGUGUCUAACCCUAACUAGUAAACCUAAAAGUAACUAACUACAAAUUUUUUGAUAACCUCUUAGCCCCUAAAUCACAUUUUCCGUUGUGGGGACCUCCCAAAUAACAUUGUCAGGACCAAUCGUUAUGUUUUUGCUGUGUUCGGCUGGCCUCGUCAUUGCUAUAUUUGGCUGGUCCCUAAUUGUUCACCUAGACCUGUAUAACACGCAGACACACAAACACACAGUAGAAUGAAACAUUUCUGAAUGGAGUUGGAGCCCACCACGCCACCUGAUCAUACCAUAAAUCUCUUCAUACCACCAGCUUGAUGGUGCUUUAUCCUGUAGUGUUGGUGUUAAAGCAGGGUUUGUGUUAAAGCAGGGUUGGUGUUAAAGCAAUUCUAGAAGCUUUCGUCCCAGGUUUACGUGUGAAAUCAGUCAGUAUGUGAAAUGUCUAAAUUCCUUACUGUUAAUGUCUCUGUUAAGAUUCCCAGUGCAGAAUGGGACACCCUAGCUGUGAGAAGGCUGAGCUGUUCUGUACCUAUGAUCUAAGUCCUCUUGAGGUAGACAGGUCUGAACUCCUGUAUUGUAUUGAAUCUCAUGUUGAUAUUUAGGACUCUGUUAAAUCUGUAUAUCUAAAGCAGUACAUAUUGCUUGAUGAAAAUAAAAAGGUAAUUGAGCCAACAUAUGCAGCAGUUAACCUAAAUGCAGUCUCUGCUGACAAGGGCCUUUAAAUUGUAAUCACAAUGUAAUGCUGAACUUCCGCGAUAAGGCUGAAACCAGCUGAAACCACCUUCAGUUCUGCUGAGGGCUGCUUGUUAUGCCUACAUUACUGCAUGCGAUGAAGUCAACGUCAGUAUGUAAAUAUGUAUGAAACCCGUGUCGUCGUUGUCUCGGUGUGUCUGGUGACGGUGUACAAAUGUAUGUGCAUGAUUGUUGGCAUACUCUGACAGGUUUAGAGGUGGAGGGAGCACUGUGAAUCAGAAGCUACUGCCUUCUAAAUCCCAGUACACUGAUACACAGCUCUAUGUUCCCUUCACCCUUUGGCCAAAGCCAUAGAAAUCAAAAGAGAUGUACUGACGGAAGAAACGGUUGUUGUUUUCUGUUUCAAAUGUCAAAAGAAAAAAACACGUGUUUUCGGCAGGAAUAGUCCAUUCUUUGUAUGUUGUUGGGUUCCUUCACCCACACUUUUGCACUGUACAAGGUUUUCCAGAUGUCUUUCCGUGUGACCAGAAGAGGAGAGGAAUUACAGACUAGUGCAAGAGCCCCAUCUGGAGGAGGGCUCCAGAAUUCUGAUAUUUUUUGUAACUAAAUUGAUCUUCUAUGUUUUGUCCAAAUGUGUUGCCCCACUAACUCCCUGGAUCAGAGCUAUUGCUCCGCCAACAUGUCGUCACUUUAGUACUUUCGAUGAUUUCGAUGAUUACAUGAAAGGUAUUUGGAGAAGUCAACUGAAAAUCUCUGCAUUGUAUUCAUUAAAAAUGUUAUAUCACCAAAUAUUAUAACAUGAAAAUGAAAUAUAUAAAGAUUAUUAUCUGUCAUUAUAGAAGAUUUUAUUAAAUGAUGAAUGUAUGUUCUGUUAAUGUUAGGAUUGUGGAACAUACAGUUUGUAGUGGUGCAUUGAUUUACUAGUCUUGCUCCUGCCAGAAAAUAUUAUUUCUAAUCACCUUGAAGAGCUUAAGCAUUAAAAUAGGGUUUAUGAUCAUCCAUA